CACAGGGCCCGACCAGAUUAAGGAAACCCCUUUCUACAUCUAUGACAGAUCAAUUUUAUCCCACGGUGCUGGAACGCACACGUAGUCUGGACAUGUUUUCAACCUCGCAGAAGGUGAAAAGUUCCGAAAACCUACACACGAAGAUUCCAAGUGGGGGAUGUCGAGAUCGGGCGCGAUUAUUUCCGUACCCAAAACAGGACAAAAAUGUGUGUUUUUACAAAAGUUCAGAUUCCAUAAACUCUGAUGUCUCCACACACUUGGAAGAAAAUGGCAACUCAGUAGCGACGGACAAGGUCAAACAGGAAGCUCCUAUGCUUGAACAAAAUCCUUUCUUCAAGUUGCGUCCGGCUUUGGCUCUCAAGCCAGAGGUUGAGAAGGAGAUCUGUGAAGCAAAAGCAAGAGAAGACGAGUUUCGGAGACAAAGACGCGAUCUCUACAGAGAGAACCGACAAAGUACAGAGGAGGUGGACAAGCUGCCAUACACACCAACUGUCACAACAGGUGUAAAGCAACAGUCUCGAGGUAAACUGGAGCGAGUUUGGCCACCUCCAUGCAAGAAAGAGCAUCUUAAAUCUGAACAGACUCAGGGGCCGAGUUUGCACAAACCAGGAAGUCAGCGGUCUCUUCUGUGGCAACGCUGGGAGUUUGGUCGGAUCAAUGGGCAGCCGGCACCAGAGAAGGACUGACACUUGACAAUCCUCCGAACAGAUCAAAUAAUGUUAAAAAAAAAUCAAAGGGUGACAUCAUUAGUAUUUGUAGUUAGUUCCGAAUUAAAUAAUGCUGUUCUAGACCUGUUUCAUACGUUUUGUAUUAAUCAACUCUAGUCCUAUUAAAUACCAAUGCACAGUUGUGGAUCUUCAUAUUAUUUAAUUUUUUUUUGGUCACAGUUUACUAGUUCACCAUUGCAUUACGUGAAUGAAUCCAAUCACAUGAAACUAAUUUUGUGAUGACUUAUGAGUGUUCAAACCCCAAAGCAGACUAAGAAAAUUGUAGAAAAUCUGUAUUUUAAUGAAAUAACAAAUACAAAUCACAAAAAAAUGCUUCUGAAAAGUACUAGGGAAAGGAACAAAUACAGUAUUUGCAUGGGUUUUUAACCAAGCUCAAAAUUAAUACGCAAGUCAUUUUCUAAAUAAAAGUUUUGUUUAUUUUGACGUAAUUGUACCUAAAUACUUUGGUGUUUAACAUACAUAAAUCUCAAACUACUUAUUGUACCAUAGAGCGACUUUCUAACAUGGACUCAGCAUAAA